AUGCUGGAGGAAAAACCGGCCAAGAGCAUCGACCUAUUCCUUGGAUUCUGCUAUAUGAACGGAUAUACGAGAUGGGCUUUUAAAGUUAUGCCAUCAUGGUCGAUCCACAUCCUUUCACUGGCGCUGUGCCUUAGCAGUGGAUUCCAGCAGGGCUACAUCGCCGCCGUGCUCAAUCAACCCUACAAGCAAAUCGAGAAGUACAUCAAAGACUCGUAUCACGAAAGAACGGGGUUGGAAUUGGAUGAAAAUGUUAAGAACAUCAUCUGGUCCGCCCUCAACAUCUCAUUCCCCAUCGCUACAAUCGUCGGCCAGUUUGCCGCUUCCGUACUUUGCAAGCGAUUUGGAAGGAAAAGGACCGCCCUAUUCUCAUCAUUUCUCUACAUCCCUGGCGGGUUGAUAUCGGUGGCUGCAAAGUACUGCCAUCCCUACUAUGAGCUGCUGUUUGUGGGCAGAUUUAUCUGGUCCUUCGCCAACGGCAUCAACGGUGUCGUUGCCACCGUCUGGAUCGUAGAAUGUGCCCCUCCCCAAAUCCGUGGUCGCAUGGCCGCCAUGCAGGAGAUGUUCAUGAGCAUAGGCUCCGUCGUCACCCAAGCCAUCGGAGUCCCGGCUUCCACGGAUGAUCUUUGGCCUUUGGUGUUCGUGCCCGGGAUGGUGGUCGCCGCCCUGUCGAUGGUCAUGUUCGCCUUUGUGUACGAGAGCCCGCAGUUUAUCAUCGAGAAGACCGGGGAUCGGGAUCGGGCCCGUCAUGCCCUCGCUGCCUAUCACGGCGUGGAAGUAGACGACCCGUCCCUGGAAGAAGAGAUGCGUGUCUGUGAGCAGGCCGUCCAGAAGAAGAACAACAAGAAAUCGCCAAAGAAGGGGCAGCUGAUCGAGGAGGAGCACGACGGGCUGACGAUCAUGCUGAAGCCGUGGAAAGCCAAUGACCCCACCUCGAAAGUUAUUCGACACGCCGCUUGGGUUGGACUGCUGGUCAAGGUUGUCUACGUCUUCACUGGAGCUCGAUGCCUCCGUGGCUACAGUACCUUCCUGCUCCACGACCUCAGCCACUGGAGCACCAACGGAGCACUUUAUGGCUCUUUCUUUGUUGGCCUUGCUCGCGUGCCAGUGACGCUCAUCCCAGUGUUCCUUGUUGAUCGUCUUGGCCGGAGGCCGUUGCUGCUCAGCUCGACGCUAAUCUGUGCGCUGUCGCUGCUCACCAUGAUGCUAUCGAUUUUCGCCGGGGAGGAGUUCAAGGUCGGCACCCUCGUCGGUCUCUCCGCCCUCCUUCUCCUCUCCGCCUGCGGAAUCGGCUCGAUCUCCCGAUUCUACGCCGCGGAGCUGGUGCCCCGAUCACUGCUCCUCAACGCCACCUCUUACCUCACCAUGUUCGAGGCGUUGACCAAGAUCGCCGUCGAGUUCGCCUUUUAUCCGGUGGCGAAUGUGGCCGGCGCUUGGUCGUUGAUGCUCUUCUUGGCGCCGACGACGCUCUUCUUGAUCCCCAUGUGGGCAAUGUGCCAAGAAACCUCAAAGAAGCACGUCAACGAGGUGCUGAACGAGAUUGCGGUGCGCAAGAACUUGAAGGUGUCCUUCACAUCG